UUUUUUUUUUUUGCGCUACACGACCGGACACAGUUGACUUUCGAAAGUGCCGAAAGCCAAACGGAAGACCGGUAAGGUCAAGCCCGUUUUCUUGAGCUCUCGCGGGCGAAGAGAGAGAAAGAUGGCGGUGGUUGGCGGUCUGCCUGGUCUUUUGCUUUCGCAGAGCCAGUUGGACUACGCGCUGGAGGAUGCGAUCACGCUUCAAGAGAAGGAGAACUUGGUAUAUCAGCACGUGAAAAAGGUGGACGGCUGGGAGCGGGAUUUGAAAGUUCCUGAGUUUGAAGCAGAUUUGCAGUGGCUGAACACUGAAGGUUCACUUUCUUUGUACAAACAUCUUUGUGGAAAAGUAGUGGUGUUAGAUUUCUUCACCUACUGCUGCAUCAACUGCAUCCAUAUUUUGCCUGACCUUCAUGAUUUAGAGGAGAAGUACUCUGCUAAAGAUGGUCUCCUUAUUGUAGGUGUCCACUCAGCAAAAUUUCCAAAUGAAAAAGUUUUGGAUAACAUCAAAAGUGCUGUUCUUAGAUACAACAUCACUCAUCCUGUGGUAAAUGAUGCUAAUGCAACCCUCUGGCAUGAGCUAGACGUGUCCUGCUGGCCAACAUUGGUAAUUGUUGGACCCCGUGGCAAUAUCCUGUUCAGUCUGGUUGGUGAAGGGCACAAGGACAAACUAUUUCUGUUUACAUCCAUAGCCUUAAAGUACUACAAGGAACAAGGCCAAAUCAAUACCGAUACAAUUAGAACACAGCUGUAUAGAGACUCAUUGUCACCUUCACCUUUGCUGUUCCCUGGGAAAGUUGCAGUAGAUAGUUCUGAGAACACAUUGGUAAUAGCAGAUACUGGACAUCAUAGGAUUUUGGUUGUGAGAAGAAAUGGUCACAUUCUUCACAUCAUUGGAGGACCAGACAGUGGAAAGAAUGAUGGAAACUUUUCAGAAGCAUCAUUCAAUUCUCCACAAGGGGUUGCCAUAAAGAACAAUGUUAUAUAUGUGGCAGAUACAGAAAACCAUCUAAUUAGAAAGAUUGACCUGCAGUUGGAGUUGGUGAGCACUGUUGCAGGAGUUGGAAUACAAGGCACCGAUAAGGAAGGAGGAGCCAGAGGAGAUGAGCAACCUAUUAGUUCACCAUGGGAUAUAGCUUUGGGAAACUUAGCAACUCAUGAAGACAGUGUUCUCUGGAUUGCCAUGGCAGGCAUACAUCAAAUCUGGGCACUCAUGUUGGAAAGUGGAAAACUACCUAAAGGAAGUGAUUUAAAAAAAGGAACUUGUCUUCGAUUUGCUGGUAGUGGAAAUGAAGAGAACCGAAACAAUGCAUAUCCCCACAAAGCAGGCUUUGCUCAACCUUCUGGUCUGUGUGUUGCUGCUGAAGAGCCAUGGAAUUGCCUUUUUGUUGCAGACAGUGAGAGCAGUACUGUGCGAACAAUUUCUCUAAAAGAUGGCACUGUGAAACACCUUGUAGGAGGCGAGAGAGACCCAAUGAAUUUAUUUGCUUUUGGUGAUGUUGAUGGAGCUGGGAUAAAUGCAAAGCUACAGCACCCAUUAGGAGUAGCUUGGGACAAGAAAAGAAGCCUCCUUUAUGUUGCAGAUUCCUAUAAUCAUAAGAUUAAAUUUGUAGAUCCCAAAAUGAAGAAUUGUGCUACAUUAGCAGGUACAGGAGAAGCAAGCAAUGUAAUUGGUUCCAGCAUUACCACCGCAACUUUUAAUGAACCAGGAGGCCUAUGUGUUGAAGACGGAGGACGAUUCCUGUAUAUUGCUGAUACCAACAAUCAUCAAAUUAAAGUGAUAGAUUUAGAAACCCGUAUUGUUUCACUGCUUCCUCUUCUACAUGCUGACACAGUAGAUACUGUAGAUAGCUGGAAUAUUAAAAUGACUGAUAAAGCAGAACUGCCAAAGCUCCCUAAAUCGGCUCCACAUCUUCAGCUACCUUCGCUGACUGUAAGUCCAGGUCAAGCACUUCAGUUCGUGCUGAUGCUCAGCUUGCCUCCAAAUACUAAACUGACUGAAGAAGCGCCCAACUCCUGGUUUUUUACUGCAGAAGGUAAUGAAUGGCUACUUUGUGAACCACACAGAUCUGGAACAAUUGCAGACAUUUUGGAACAGCCUAUAAUCCCAUUUCAGUUACCCACUAACUGUCUGUCAACUGAAGCCUUAUUGUCAAUCAAUGUGUGUCUCUAUUACUGUAGCAAGGACAGUAAUGUCUGUACGAUGAAAGGAAUCUCAUUCAACCAGCCUUUCCAUAUAGCAAAUGUAAACCAAAAAAGCAUAGCUCCAGUUGAGCUCAUAUAUGCAUUUUAAUUUUAAGCAUAGCAAAGCAGAAGACCAUUUACAGUGUUAAUUGCUACAGCCUAGUUCUUUCCCACAAAACAGACUGAACUUUUGCAUUAGUGCAUAUAUAUGUUACUUCAUGUUUGAACUUACAGCAAACUCUGCAAAAAUAUAUAUAUUUGCAUACUUGAUCAGAUGUAGUAUAAAUGGAAUGUGGGAAAUCAUGAAAAUGUAUCUAAAUCCUAAUAUCUUAUUUACUUAUUGUAUAAGCAAUAAAUACUGAAGUGGGUUCGGAUCACUGUGUGAAUAAACAGAAAAACCUAAACAAAGAAAAGAUCAAUUUCUA